AGCAGGGAGCAGAGAGCAGCAGUGCCCCGGGGGGCAGACAGUGCCCGGCAGGCUUCCCGCACUCCUCCCAUUGUACCUGGGCAGGGAGCGGCUGAGGUGGAGCGAUAGGGAGGGAGCUGCCGGGGAGAGGGACACAAACUCCGAGUAAAGGUCGCCUGGCAGCGUAGGGAGGCUCUCACUCGCCCGGAGUCGCCCGGCAGCACCGGGAACCCCUACUGGAUCCUUCCGAACCCCUACUGGAUCCUUCCGAACCCCUACUGGAUCCCUCCGAACCCCUACUGGAUCACUCCGAACCCCUAUUGGAUCCCUCCGAACCCCUACUGGAUCUCUCCGCGCCCCUACUGGAUCCCUCCGCAUAGAGUCUCACUGGAACUGGGGACUUUUCCCUGCUGAAUCCCCUGCUGCCUCUCCGGAUCCCUCCCUUUGCUGGGUCCCUAUUGGAUCCCUCCCUUUGCUGGGUCCCUAUUGGAUCCCUCCCUCUGCUGGGUCCCUCCAGUCUCGGCACAGGAUCCCACUGCCCGGGAUUCCCCGCUGCUGGAUCCCGAUAUCGCCCUGUCCCCCCCGAUCCUGUCCUGUUGGGACAACCUGCCUGCGCUGGACCCUAUCUUGCCGGAUUUUCUGUUACCUGGAUCCCUUAUUUCUAUUUAUACAGCAGUUCCCUGUAGUGCCUGGGUCCCCUAACUCCCCGGGUCCCCUGGCUCCCCCUGUAUUCCCUGGAUGUACUCACUCACCGCACCCCCUGCUCAUUGGAUCCCAUAGAUCACAGGAAGGUGCAGCCGGACCCCAAAGAUGUCAGUGUAUGAGCUUUACUCCCAGUACACCCGGGUGUGGAUACCCGAUCCGGAGGAUGUCUGGAGAUCAGCAGAAAUUAUCAAGGACUAUAAAGAAGGGGAUAAAAGUCUGCAGUUAAAACUAGAAGAUGAGUCUGUCAUACAGCACCGUGUGGAUCCAAACAACUUACCGCACCUCCGCAACCCAGAUAUCCUAGUAGGAGAGAAUGACCUGACGGCUUUGAGCUAUCUCCAUGAACCAGCUGUGCUCCAUAACCUAAAAGUCCGCUUCCUGGAAUCAAAUCACAUUUAUACUUAUUGCGGAAUUGUACUUGUUGCCAUAAACCCAUACCAGCAGUUACCAGUCUAUGGAGAAGAUGUCAUUUACGCAUACAGCGGCCAAAAUAUGGGAGACAUGGACCCCCACAUAUUUGCAGUGGCUGAAGAGGCCUAUAAGCAAAUGGCCAGGGAUGAAAAGAACCAGUCUAUCAUCGUAAGUGGAGAGUCCGGAGCAGGGAAAACUGUCUCUGCCAAAUAUGCCAUGCGCUACUUUGCCACAGUGGGCGGCUCAGCAAGUGAAGCUAAUGUGGAAGAGAAAGUAUUGGCUUCUAGUCCCAUCAUGGAGGCUAUUGGGAAUGCCAAAACAACCCGGAAUGACAACAGCAGCCGAUUUGGAAAGUACAUUCAGAUUGGGUUUGACAAACGAUAUCAUAUUAUCGGUGCCAACAUGAGGACUUACCUUCUUGAGAAAUCACGUGUUGUUUUCCAGGCUGAUAUGGAAAGGAACUACCAUAUUUUCUACCAGCUCUGUGCCUCUGCCAGCCUGCCGGAGUUCUCCGAGCUGUCAUUAGCUGAAGCUGAGGAGUUCUUUUACACCAACCAGGGAGGCGACCCCGUUAUUGAUGGAGUGGAUGAUGCUGAAGACUUUGAGAAGACGAGACAGGCUUUCACACUUUUGGGAGUGAAGGAGACUCAUCAAAUGGGCAUCUUUAAGAUUGUGGCUUCCAUUCUGCACCUUGGAAAUGUAGCCAUCCAGACGGAGCGGGAAGGGGAAUCGUGUAACCUGUCGAAAGGGGAUAAACACCUGACUCAUUUCUGCAGUUUGCUUGGGCUGGAGCAGGACCAGAUGCAACACUGGCUGUGCCACCGGAAACUUGUCACCACCUCCGAAACGUACGUCAAGACCAUGUCUGCGGAGCAGGCUGUAAAUGCCAGGAACGCCUUGGCCAAGCACAUCUACGCCCAGCUCUUCAACUGGAUAGUGCAGCACGUGAACAAGGCCCUGCACACCACCAUCAAACAGCACUCCUUUAUUGGGGUCCUCGACAUAUACGGGUUUGAAACCUUUGAAAUUAACAGCUUUGAGCAAUUUUGCAUCAAUUACGCCAAUGAGAAGCUGCAACAGCAAUUUAAUUCGCACGUCUUUAAACUGGAACAAGAAGAAUACAUGAAAGAGCAGAUUCCAUGGACCCUGAUAGACUUCUACGACAACCAACCUUGUAUUGACCUGAUUGAGGCAAAAUUAGGCAUUUUGGACCUUCUAGAUGAAGAGUGCAAGGUCCCCAAAGGAACUGAUCAGAACUGGGCACAGAAGUUAUAUGACCGGCAUGGAAGCUCCCAACACUUCAAGAAACCACGAAUGUCUAAUGUGGCAUUUAUUGUGGUGCAUUUUGCUGAUCAGGUGGAGUAUCAAUGUGACGGAUUCCUGGAGAAGAACAGGGACACUGUGUAUGAGGAACAGAUUAACAUACUAAAGGCCUCAAAGUAUCCGCUGGUUGCUGACCUGUUUCAAAAUGAAAAAGACACUGUUCCACCUACUCCUACCGGGAAGAGUAAAAUCAGCGUUCGCCCUGCAAAACCUGCUCUGAAAAGUGCUAAUAAAGAACAUAAGAAAACAGUGGGACAUCAGUUCCGGAACUCUCUGCAUCUGCUGAUGGAAACCUUGAAUGCCACAACUCCUCACUAUGUGCGCUGCAUUAAGCCCAAUGACUAUAAGGAGUCUUUCAGCUUCGAUCCAAAGAGAGCUGUGCAGCAGCUGAGGGCAUGUGGCGUGCUGGAGACCAUCCGGAUUAGUGCUGCCGGCUAUCCAUCCAGGUGGACCUACCAUGACUUCUUCAACAGGUACCGAGUCCUAAUGAAAAAGAAAGAUAUUUCUCUGGGAGACAAGAAGGUGAUCUGUAAGAAUGUCUUAGAGAACCUUAUCAAGGACCCUGACAAGUUCCAGUUUGGACGAACAAAGAUCUUUUUCCGUGCUGGCCAAGUGGCCUACUUAGAAAAACUGCGUGCAGACAAGUUCCGUGCCGCUACCAUUAUGAUUCAGAAGACUGUGCGGGGCUGGCUUCAGAGGGUGAAAUACAGAAGGAUGAAGAAGGCCGCGGUUACCAUCCAGAGAUAUACACGUGGGCACCUUGCCCGAAGGUUGGCUCUGCACCUCCGAAUGACGAAGGCUGCCAUCACCUUCCAGAAGCAAUUCCGAAUGAUUCGAGUGUAUCGCGGCUUCCAGAAGACUCGCAAGGCAGCCGUCACUAUCCAGUCCUACACUCGGGGAAUGUUUGUCAGGAGAGCUUAUCGGCAGCUUCUGGAGCAGCAUAAAGCCGCCAUCAUCCAGAAACACUGGCGCGGAUGGAGGGCACGCAAACUGUUUAGCAAAUUCCGCAGUGCCGCUGUCGUUAUUCAGUGUUACUUCCGCCGCAUGAAAGCCCGACGGGAGCUCAAACAGUUGAAGAUCGAAGCCCGAACAGCAGAGCAUUUUAAGAAGCUCAGUGUGGGCAUGGAGAACAAGGUGGUUCAGCUGCAGAGAAAGCUUGAUGAGCAGAACAAAGAGCAGAAAGACCUGAAGGAGCAACUGGUAUCUGCUACUUCAACUCAUGCUGUCGAGGUUGAGAAACUUCAGAAGGAACUCGAGAAGCAGAGACAGGCUCAGCAGGAUGAGAACCAACUCACCAGCUUGCAGCAGGAACUGGAGGCUCUGAGAGAGGAACUGGCCAAAGCGUAUAGUGAGAAGAAGGUUGUAGAAGACACUCUUAUGAAUGAGAAAGAGCAACUGCUGCAGCGCGUCUCAGAGCUGGAAGAGGAGAAUACUAACUUGAAAGAAGAAAAAGAAGAACUCAGUAAUAAAAUCAUUCUACGAUCUGAAGAUGAAUUUACCCAGAGUACAAUUAAGGAGAACCUGGAGAUCAAGAAAGAUCUUGAGGAGGAAAGGUCCCGGCACCAGAAUUUGGUAAAGGAAUAUACAAGGUUGGAGCAGAGAUAUGACAAUCUGAAGGAGGAGGUGAACAUUAUUAAGCAACAAAUGCCGGGGCACAGGAGGAAUCCGUCCAACCAGAGCAGCUUGGAAUCUGACUCUAAUUACCCUUCCAUAUCUACCUCUGAGAUUGGGGACACAGAGGAUACCAUUAAGGAGGUGGAGGAGGCCGGGCUGGAAAAGGCUGCCAUGGACAUGUCUCUGUUCCUGAAGCUGCAGAAGAGAGUGAGGGAGCUUGAGCUGGAGAGGAAGAAGCUGCAGAGCCAACUGGACAAAAAAGAGCAGCAAGAAAAUAAAAAAUCCCAGGUUAUAGACACGACCAAUGAGGUGAUUGCUGACCGCGACACUGAUAUCGCCUACAACAAUCUGAAGCGGCAAGAACUUGAGUCUGAAAACAAGAAGCUGAAAAAUGACUUGAAUGAGAUGAGGAAGACGAUAGCAGAUGGAGCAGUAGAUGGUUCGAGUGAAGAGGCCAGAAUUGCUAUGUUACUCAACCAACUGAAGUCGGCCCACGAGGAGCUGGAUGUGCGGAAGGAAGAAGUUCUUAUGCUCAGAACCCAGAUUGUAAAGGCAGCUCAGCAAAAAGAAUCAGAGAGGAUUAUGAGUUCAGAAGCCAGUUGGCCAAACAGCAACAAGGAAAUGGAUGAAGACGAUGCCAUUGAAGCCUAUCAUGGAGUCUGUGAGACAAACAGAAAGACUCAGGACUGGGGGUAUCUAAAUGAAGAUGGGGAGCUUGGCCUGGCCUAUCAAGGCUUAAAGCAAGUUGCCAGGCUUCUGGAGGCUCAGCUUCAGGCACAAAGCAGGCAGCACGAUGAGGAGGUGGAGAUACUGACCUCUCACAUUGACUCCCUAAAGGAAGAGUUGGAGAAGCAGCAGCAGGUUCUACUCCAAGCUCUUCAGCUCUCCCCAGAGGCUCAGGUGGAGUUUGGGCUUCAGCAUGAAAUUACCCGCCUCACUAAUGAGAACCUGGACCUUAAAGAAUUAUUGGAGAAAUCAGAAAAGAAUGAGAAAAAAUUGAAGAAACAGCUAAAAACGUACAUGAAGAAAGGACAGGAUUCUGAAGAUGUAGUGCAGACGGAGAGGAAACCUGAGCUCACCCGUCAAGUGACAGUGCAGCGAAUUGAGAAGGAUUUCCAAGGAAUGCUGGAGUAUUACAAGGAGGAAGAACCGCUGCUCGUGAGAAAUCUCAUUAUAGACGUGAAGCCUGAGCAGAUGUCUUCCAUGGUUCCUUGUCUGCCUGCGUAUAUCCUCUUCAUGUGCAUCAGGCACGCCGACUACAUCAACGAUGAUCAGAAGGUCCACUCCCUGCUCACCUCCACCAUCAACGGGAUAAAGAAAGUUCUAAAGAAGCAUCACAGUGAAUUCCAGAUUACAUCUUUCUGGCUGUCCAACUCCAGCCGGCUGCUCCAUUGCCUGAAACAGUAUAGUGGGGACGAGGGCUUCAUGACCAGCAAUAGCCCCAAGCAGAACGAGCAUUGCCUGAGGAACUUUGAUCUGACAGAAUACCGCCAGGUCCUCAGCGACUUGUCUAUCCAGAUCUACCAGCAGAUGAUAAAGAUUGCGGAAACGCAUAUGCAGCCAAUGAUAGUGUCUGCCAUGUUGGAAACAGAAAGCAUCCAAGGCCUCUCAGGAGUGAAGCAAACUGGGUACAGGAAGAGGACCUCCAGCAUGGCAGAUGGGGAUAAUUCCUACAGCCUAGAAGCUGUCAUUCGCCAGCUGAACACGUUUAACAGCAUCAUGUGUGACCAUGGACUGGAUCCCGAAAUCAUUCAGCAAGUCUUUAAGCAGCUCUUCUACAUGAUAAAUGCUGUAACGCUGAAUAAUCUGCUGCUGAGGAAGGACGUUUGCUCAUGGAGCACCGGCAUGCAGCUAAGGUAUAAUAUCAGUCAGUUAGAAGAAUGGCUGCGAGGGAAGAAUUUGCAUCCGAGUGGCGCUGCUCAGACUAUGGAGCCGCUGAUCCAAGCAGCACAGUUACUGCAACUCAAAAAGAAGACAGAGGAGGAUGCAGAGGCCAUAUGCUCUUUGUGCACAGCCCUGACGACCCAGCAGAUUGUGAAGAUACUGAAUCUGUACACACCCGUGAAUGAGUUUGAAGAGCGAGUAACCGUGUCCUUUAUCAGAAUCAUUCAGGCUCAGCUGCAAGAGCGGAACGAUCCUCCCCAGCUGCUAAUGGACUCUAAGUACAUGUUCCCAGUCCUGUUCCCAUUCAGCCCCUCGGCCAUCACUUUGGACACCAUUCAGAUCCCUCCUUCCCUCAAACUGGAUUUCCUCAUGAAGGUCUGAAGAAGAAAAGACUAUGAAUGCAGUGAGAAGGCAAAUGAAAGAAUUCUCUAUAAAUAUAUUUAAUAUUGUGGACCAAGAUGAUAAACCGGAGCUCCGCAGGCUCCUAAUGCACUGAAAGCGAUUGAUUUUUUUUUUUUAUGCCUCAGUUGAAAGAAAAAUAGCUAAAAUAUAAACUUUUUUUUAACCUGUCUGUCGUGUGUAAAAGAGUCUGAAACAUUGGAGCAGGAACUGGCGCUUUGAAGGGGGCGCCCAACGAGGCUGUAUAUUUUUUUAAGAAGGAAAACAAAAAUGUUGCCUAUUCCAUUUUAGUGUAUUUAAGUACUGUCCAAGGUCUUCCAUGUCGUGGGCCAAUCAUCCGCUAUCUAACGGGGUUGGGGCUGGAUAGGUUUAAAGCAAUCAUAUCAUGCACAGAGGUCCCCCUGUUACUGGCAUAAGGGGCAGUGACGGGCAUUGCUGCUGUUUUCCACCAGAUGGCAGCACUGGACAAAAAGCCCCACUGACCUAUAAAGCUCACUAUACGAUUCUCCUCUGUCCCCAGUGUAGUUUAAUGCACAGUCUUGUAAUUAUUCAGUGAUUGGAUACACAACCCAGGUCCUGCCCUAAUGCCAAAAUCGUUCAGAAAGGAGCUUUUGGCCAGUAAUAGCAACACUAGAGCUCAAUACUGGUGACCCAUUACCUUUGUAUCUGGAAAUACUGGGCAGAGCUUAGUGACAUAAAGCACAAAAUUAGGGACCUCCAGCUGAUAUACAGUAUGUACAUAUAUAUAUUUAUAUAUGUAUAGAGAGAUAUUAGAAUGUGUAAUAUUUAUAUAGAUAUAGGUGUAUAUAUAUGUGCCUAUAGGAAGGGAGCAGAGAGCAGACACAGAUGUAUAGUUCUUGCUACUACAGGGUCUCCCAGUCUGUGUAGAAGGGAGUUAUUAGUAAAAUCCUGGGUGUUUACAUUUAAAGGGGAACUUUGUUUCAAACAUAAAUACAGAGGAGUGAGAAGAGAGGCAACCAAGCGGUGCUAUAGAAAUAUCCCAUUAACCAAGCUGGAGCGAUCGGCGACAGGUCUUUUAUUCCAGAAUUUAUUUUUUUUUAAUUUAGUUUAUUUUAUUAUUGAUUCUGGAUCAGCAGCAUUGGGAGAAAUAUGUUAUGGGGCGGGGAGCUGCCAGCUUUUGUAUUUACUGGAGAUGGUCCCCGGCCCCAAACCUUCCAGCUGCUCGUGUGUCGGGGGAUGCUGGGAGUUGUAGUUGGAGGGAAAAGAUGAAAUGCUCCGUGCUACAGAUAAUGUGCCCUUUGCUGUGAAUUAUGUGUCAAAUAAAUGGAUGCCAAAAUGUUUAUUGUAACACUGAAAUGUGGUUUCACUGUCUGUCUGUUGUUUAAAGGGAAAGUAAAAUGAGAAAAGUAAAAAUGAGAUUAAUUUA